AUGCCUUCCUUCCUGCCGCUCCUGGAGCAGCCUAGUGGGGAGCUCUUCCCUAUUCUUCACCGCAUAGGUCCCACCAUUCUAUCUACGCCUACAGGUCCCCUUCCGGACCGGUCUUAUGUACUCGUCGAUCGCCCAGCCUUUGAUUUACAAGUUAUCACCGAGUUUCUAGACGACGGCGCCGAAAAAGUCAUUGUACCUCUUACAUGGGCCAAGGAGCUCAUAGGAAUUAUUCCUAAUGACAGGAUCAUCCUUUUGCUCGACGUCGGGAGCGUCAGCGCUGUUUCCGACAAGGUUCGGAGUGCUAUAUCCGGAGUCCUGCUUAAAAGUCCAGCAGUCGACCUUGAUUUGAUUGCCUCGAUAUCCAAGUUCUUCACCACAUCUGACAUCUACGUCCUAUCUACCCCUACUUUGCCAUCUAAGUCCACCAUUCGCGCACUUUUGGGUAUCAAAGCAACUCUCGUCAUUCCAAGCGACCAGCUUACCCUUAGCACAACCUCCGGCUCCCAAAUAAACGUCGGAGACGCGUUCAUUGCUCCUUUAAUCUCGGAUCGUCCCGAUGGUCUCUUCCCCACCGUGGUCUCAAGCCAGAGUGGGCACUCGCUCGGCUUGGUAUAUUCCUCUGCCGAAUCAGUAAAGGAGAGCAUCUUAACCGGAAAGGGUGUCUACCAAUCGAGAAAACACGGCCUCUGGCGCAAAGGAGAAACAUCGGGUGCGACUCAGGACGUAAUCAGCAUCAGUCUCGACUGUGACUCCGAUAGUUUGGAGUUCCGGGUCGUGCAACACGGCGCGGGAUUUUGCCAUCUAGACAGACAGUCAUGUUUUGGCGAGGCAAAAGGACUUCAGGCGCUGGAGGCCAUCCUUCUUUCCCGCCUUGCAUCCGCACCUCAAGGAUCAUACACGAAACGUUUGUUCAAUGACCCUCAGCUCUUACGUUCAAAAAUUAUGGAGGAGGCAGACGAGCUAUGUUCCGCUGAGACAAAGGAGGACGUGGCAUUUGAAGCCGCCGACCUGGUAUAUUUUGCACUCACAAAAUGUGUCGCGGCGGGUGUCACAAUUGCAGACAUCGAACGGUCGCUGGAUAAAAAAUCGAAAAGAGUUACGCGCAGGCCUGGGAAUUCGAAACCUCAGUGGUCAUCCACAUCCCAGCUGCCGAAAAACCGUUCUACAGAAAAACCGCCGCCACCCGCCUCAUCGGUACCUCCGGUGGAUCCGGACGCGCCCAUUCGGAUGCACGCCUCUGACCUAAGCACAAUCUCCUCACAAGAGCGUGCCCAGCUUCUUCGUCGACCUGUGCUCAGAUCUGAUGAGAUGAUCGAAAAGGUUAAGCCUAUCGUUUCUGAAGUGCGCGCUCGCGGAGAUGCGGCUCUGCUUGAAUUUACAGCCAAAUUCGACAAAGCCCGCUUGUCAUCCACAUGCGUAUUCUCACCUUUCUCUCCCGAUACAAUGCAAAUCGACCCCGAGAUUAAAUCAGCCAUCGACAAGGCGUAUGCCAACAUCCGCAAAUUCCACGAGGCACAAUCAAGCGGAUCUCAUCUCGUGGUCGAAACGAUGCCUGGUGUCGUUUGCUCGCGUUUUGCUCGGCCUAUAGCAAGAGUCGGACUUUAUGUCCCAGGGGGCACCGCCAUACUUCCUUCUACUGCUCUCAUGCUCGGUAUCCCGGCCCAGGUUGCGGGCUGCAGAGAAAUCGUUUUGGCGACCCCACCGCGAGGAGACGGCAGCAUUUCUCCUGAAGUCAUGUAUGUGGCAAGUUUGGUUGGCGCUUCGACUGUGCUGAAAGCUGGAGGAGCGCAAGCCGUUGCGGCCAUGGCCUAUGGGACUGACACGGUUCCAAAGGUAGAUAAGAUUUUUGGACCCGGCAAUCAAUGGGUGACUGCUGCGAAGAUGUUGGUACAGAACGAUACCGACGCCCUCGUUAGUAUUGACAUGCCGGCUGGGCCUAGUGAAGUCCUCGUUAUUGCUGACCAUACAGCAAAUCCUGCUUUUGUCGCGGCCGAUUUGCUUUCUCAAGCAGAGCAUGGAGUCGACUCACAAGUUGUCCUUGUUGCCGUUGACUUGACAGAGCAACAUCUCAGUCAGAUAGAAAGAGAAGUCGACUCGCAGGCACGGGCUUUGUCUAGGGUCGACAUUGUUCGGCAAUCUAUCGGCAAAAGCAUCAUUGUCAGGUCAUCCUCUGUUGAGGAAGCCCUCACAUUCUCCAACGACUACGCACCCGAACACCUUAUCUUGCAUCUUGAGAAUGCCGCUAGUCGAGUUGAUAUAGUUGAAAAUGCUGGUAGUGUCUUUGUUGGUGCAUACUCUCCCGAAAGUUGUGGAGAUUAUGCUUCCGGGACAAACCAUACUCUUCCUACUAAUGGAUAUGCACGGCAGUUCAGUGGCGUCAAUACCCUGUCCUUCCAGAAACACAUCACGUCGCAAGAGGUGUCUUCAGCGGGGCUCAAGGACCUGGGUCCUAUUGUGGCGACUCUGGCAGAUUGUGAAGGACUACAAGCCCACGCAAAUGCAGUGCGAAUACGCUUGAGCGCGCAGUAG